UUCCAAAUGUCACAUUCUCCCUCAAUUUCUGCCUCUUACGUAUUUGAAAGUGCCUACUAUGCUAAACUUCCCCACCUUUCAUGUCUUCAAAACUCGUGCUUUAAAUAAGAGAAGCCAAGUCUCCAUUUCAAACAUCAUAACUCAAUCAACUGCUAUCUUUGCACAAAGAGAACCUGACUUCGAACUUUAAGGUGUUCAAAUGGUUACAACGGUGAGGCCUGUGGACUAUGAGUCAAAGGAGGGAGAGAUCACAUUCAGAACAAUGAGCUUCAAGAAGUGCAGAAACCUUGAUGAGUUGUAUCAGCCGGAUGAGUUGGAUGAGGUUGUUAUUACUGAAAAAUCUACAAGCUCAAAGAGAAGGAAAGUGGGGAAUCUGAAGCUGCAAACCACAUUCUCCUUCAAGUAUCUACUUUCUCAUAAUUCUGGUUCAAAAGAGGAAGUUGAUGAUGGUUUGUUCAUUCAACAAAGUCCCACAAUUAUGUUGCCUAAACCUGAAAUUUUGUUCUCACCAAAGUCCAUUGGAGAGCUUGAUGUGGCUGCAAUAAAGCUGCAGAAGGUUUACAAGAGCUACAGGACUAGAAGAAAUCUUGCAGAUUGUGCAGUUGUCUGUGAGGAGCUAUGGUGGAAGGCAUUAGACUUUGCUGCUCUUAGCCGGUGUUCCACUUCACAUUUUGACUCUGGUAAAUCAGAAACAGCUAUUGCAAAAUGGGCAAGGGCUAGGACCAUGGCUGCUAAGGUGGGAAAAGGUUUGUGCAAAGAUGAUAAGGCGCAGAAAUUGGCUCUAAGGCACUGGCUUGAAGCCAUUGACCCACGUCAUCGUUAUGGGCACAAUCUACACUUAUACUAUGAUGUUUGGUUUCAUAGCCAGAGUUCACAACCCUUUUUCUACUGGUUGGAUGUUGGAGAUGGAAAAGAAGUAAAUCUUGAUGAGUGCCCAAGAAGUGAAUUGUAUAGGCAGUGCAUAAAGUAUCUUGGACCCAAAGAGAGGGAAGCGUAUGAAGUGAUUGUUGAGGGAGGAAGGCUUGUUUAUAGAAAAAGCCAGAACCUUGUACACACUAUUGAGGGAUCUAAGUGGAUUUUCGUUCUUAGCUCAUCUAGAAUUUUGUACGUUGGGGAGAAAAAGAAAGGCCAAUUUCAGCACUCAAGUUUUUUAGCUGGGGGUGCUACUAUUGCUUCUGGAAGAUUGGUUGCCCAAAAUGGAGUUCUUGAUGCUAUAUGGCCCUACAGCGGUCACUACUGUCCUACAAAGAAGAACUUUAUGGAAUUCAUUGGCUUCUUGAUGGAACAUAAAGUGGACUUGACAAAUGUAAAGAAGUAUGCAAUUGAUGAUGAUAUCCCACCUUCAAAACCUAUUGAUGAGGAGCUACAGUUUGAGUCCAAAAGGGGUAACAAUGCUAGUUCAAGUGACAUUGCCACUGCCAAAAAAUGCACUCAAGAUAGCAUGGUUCACUCUGGUGGCAACAUGGAAACUUCAGAACUUAAAGAGAUGAAGCCACUGUCAAUAAAAUGGACUACUGGAGUUGGUCCUAGGAUUGGUUGUGUGAGAGAGUACCCUACAAAGCUCCAAGUUAAGGCACUUGAACAACUCCAUCUAUCACCAAGAGUCAACCUUGGAAAAGUUGCUAGCAAGGCACCAAUUCCCUCACCAAGACCAAGUCCAAAAAUUCACCUAUCCCCUAGGCUUGCACACAUGGGAAUUCCUAGCACAUGAGUACAUAUUUGCCCAAAAUCACAUACCUACUACUUAAGGUGUGUGUUCAAUGUUUGAGUUGCAAGGCAAUAAGGUGCAUAGGCACUGCUUCAGCCUUUUAAUUUCAACCUCUAGUUUAGAAUAUAGGAUAAAGGUCACACCACACAACAUAUCUAACCCAUGAUUUAUUUUUUCAUUUAGUUUUUUCAUGGCCAUUCUUUUGGUCAUUUAGAUUAUGAUGAAUCAUUUUUUUUACUCAUUUGUUUUGCCCAACUGUAUUUGAGGAGUUGGGUCAAUUUUCCAUUCUUGUAAGUCAAAUAAUAUUAAAAAAAAUAGUUUAUACAACGUGU